GAGCUAAAUCCAAUUGGAUCAAAGUAACAGAAUCGAGGCUGAGCUAAAUCCAAUUGGAUCAAAGUAACAGAAUCGAGGCUGAGCUAAAUCCAAAUGGAUCAAAGUAAAGCCCAAACUAGUCGGCUCAUGUCCAACCCUAGGUCCGGCUUGCCACUUUAGCCUGUCCCGCGACGUGUCGAAGGAUCGCUGCAAUCCACCUGAUUCCUGUCUUUUCACUUGCCUUAUCUCACGCUCUCUCACACUCCUCUUCACUUUCCACUUUGCUUCCAUGGCCGAGCUACAGCAGCCCGACGCCCCCAUCACCGCCGCUGCCAUCCCUUCCGCCACCGCGACAACCACCACCUCCAAUACAACAUCUAUAGCUCCACCACCUCCCCCAUCCGAUAACCCUCCAACCAACAACGUCAAUAGCAACAACUUAGGCCUCAGUUUGGCUCCGAAACGGCAGCGCCGACCAAGUGUUCGAUUAGGCGAGAUCGGAAACUCACCUUCCGACACUCACUUCCGACGAGGCCCCAAAACCUGGCGUUUCCAUAAGGAUCCUACCCUCGCUGCUAAAACCUCAAAGACCCGCCCUUUAACUAACCUCGUUAACGGCGGCGCCGGCGGCGAUAAUUAUGACGACAACAACACCAUCGUCGAGAACAACAACAAUUACAACUUUAAUUUGGGAAAUCGGAAGUCGAAAUCGAGGAAACCCACGAAGAGAGUGAGGACAAAUUGGCAUUCAUCUAAGUUCGAUACGCUCAUUCACGAAGAAGCAAACUUUUUCAGGGAAGACAACAAUGAUAACGAAGAGUUUCGGGAAUUCGAGCCGUCACCGGGCUCGGAAAGCCCAGUAAAAGAGCAUAGCCCUGUAAACUCUAUGGAACACAUGGGCCUUCAGUAUUGGGAUCGGAGGGGGAUUAGGACUAGAGUGUCCGAAAGCAGAGACCAUCACGAUGACCUCAAUAAUGAAGGAGUGAAUUCAGGGGAUAAGAGCAGCAUUGGAGUAAGGGAGUGGUUGAUUGGUUUGGGGUUGGGGAGAUACGCACCCGUUUUCGAGAUACACGAGGUUGAUGAUGAGGUAUUGCCCAUGUUGACUCUGGAGGAUCUCAAGGAUAUGGGGAUUAAUGCUGUUGGUUCCAGAAGAAAAAUGUACAAUGCGCUACUCAAGCUGCGGAAAGGCUUUUCAUGAGUUGAGUUUACCGUUUAAUGAUUUUAAUGUUUGAUUAGGUUUUAUUUUUCUGCUUACUUUCCUUUUUGCUCAUUAACAUGGAUAAUUAAAUAUCAAGUGGUGUUAGUUUUCGAGCUGGAUUUUUGCUCCUUCUUCUUCUGCCUUUGCUAUGUUAGUUAUUGUGAAAUGUUAUUGUUGAUAUACGAAUGAGAAUGACAUAUGAGGAGUACUUUUUAUUGAUUAAGGAAGUGUAAAUUUUUUUUUAUAUAAAUGAACUAGUCAAAAUAUAAGUUUUAAAGAAGUCAAUCAGUGCUUACCUUCAAUACACCUGCAUUUACUUAAAAGAAAUAAAGGAAGUCACCUUUAGGAUAUGGUGUGUUCUGGAGUAUUAAUUUGUGUGCCAAAUGGUUAGCUAUGACCUAUGUUGAACGGACUAUCCAAAAUAUUGUUGCAUUCGUGUCGGAUCCUCCAUAAAUGCACUUGAUGACAUUUUUGGAGAGUCCGAGCAACAUAGACUAUGACUAUGUACAUUUGAAGCACUUUAGCUGCAAGAUCUCCUCUCUAGUCUUCAUGUUUUGCGGGUGUUUAGUUCCGCUUCCUUAGUAAGAUCCUUUGUAGUCGUUAUCAAAAAGAGAUCUUCUCUUGUAUUAACUUGCAUAGAGCUUAAAGAACUUUUCGUAGUAGUUGGAAAUUUUAAUUACUAUGUAUACAACAAUUGGUGAAUCAUUUGCCUAUGAGAAAAAAAUGUUGAAUCAUUUGAUGAAACAAAUAUGAAUGACUUUCUAGAAAUGCAUGAUGUAUGAGAGCCUAUCUUAGACUUACACUAAGUCUUUCACCAAAGCAUACUUCAGAUAGUCCCUGCUUUGUUAGCUUCCAACUGUACUAUAAAAGAUUUCCUUGUAGGAACCUUACAUCUUCUUGGUUUGAUGAUCUUAUCGAGAAUCACCUUUGCAGACUUAGCCUUCUUCUCCAAAGACUGUAAUUUGUCUCAUCUGGAGGAAAAUAGUUAAUAACUUAUAAAGAAGAAGCUUCCUCAUGCUUAAUGAUGGUUGUUACGGAAUAAUUGGUGUACCCAUUUUAUGGUCAUCGUCCCCCGGUCUCGUUCAGUUAAUUGAUGGAAAAGCUUAUGCUCCUAUAUUUUGAUAAAACUCUCAUUCAGCUGGGAAACCACACAGGAUUAUCGCUGUAUCUCUGCACCUCUUCCCUUUUGUUGAUAUGUCAACUGCUGUAUAGAUUGACAUUUUGAAGAACUUUUCUCAGUUGACUUGACUAACAUAUGAACGAGAUCUUCUUUGGUUUUUUGCUCUCUGGUGCAUAUUGUCUCUUAGUGCUGCCACUUGUAUAAAACUUACCCUUUCUUAAAUUGACUAACAUAUGAAUGUUGCUCUUCCUCAUCUUUAGUUACUCCGUUGAAGGAGAAGAAAUGCACAGGAUAUCCUGCAUUAGACCGACGUUCUGCAAGAGGAUGCAAUUGUUUUCAUGUUGCUUUGGUUGAAAUUAACGGAAGGUUUUCUGGAGUGCAGGAGAAAAUAGAUGAAGGCUGCAAAGAAUCUGCUUCAUAGUGAUAUGUGGGCGGCUCAUAUAAGAGGUCCUUCAUUUUUACCAUAACAUGAGAGGAGAUAAUGGUGUUGUUGCUUUUUCUGAACUUGUGAAGUACUCUCCAAUGUUUGAGGACUUAAGGUGUCAUCUACAAUGAUAGAAAGGUGUAUACUCCCUUUUACAAGCAGUUGCCAAGUUUGAAGUAGAUACUCUUUGCAAUAAGCUGGGAUGAUCCUUUUUGAAACAAUAAUUGACUGUACGAAAUUCCGCCUACCAACAGAACAUGACAGAUAAAAACGACAACUGCUGUUAUAGGCUUCUCACCUCAAGAACCAUCUCCACAGUCAACAACGGAAGCUUAAAUGGAAAUUGUUGGGCCCGUGCUCUGCACGGGCUGCAAGCAACUAGUACAUAUAUAUAUGGGAGAUGGCUUUGGAAAUGGAAGGAGCGCAGAAUUGCUUUGCGCGCGGCUCAAGAGUCAAAAGUACUCUUUCUGUUACUUCAUAUUGUUGGUGCAAAAGUGGACAUAUCACAUACCUACUUCUAUAUCAUUUAUUCUUCUAUGAUAUGAAUUUGCAGUGGAAGGGACUCUUGUGCAGAGGUACACAUGUCCACCAUCCACGGCUUAUUUCCCACAAAUCCAAGAGAAAUCCAUUAAAAAUCGGACCUCCUUUACAAACAGGAUUCGAGCUUUAUGAACAGUCUUUCUGCAUACCACAACCUCUCAUAUGCUUAAGACUUUUAAGUCCAGGAUGCAACAUCGAGGAUGCAACAUCGAGAGAGAACUUAUGUACGUAACAUAUUUUGCUCUUUAUAUAAUGAGCGUUGGAAUAACUUCCUUUA